AUGAAAGACACUAUUUUGAGACAGAGGAAGUUACUACAAAACAAACAACGUUUGAUCCGAUAUUUCAGAAAUAGAAUCCAAACACAGAAGGAAUUCCUUGAUAUGCUAAAUCAAAAGUUUAAUAUGAAUGCUUCAACUGAAAGUGAACUCAAGGCCAAUAACUUCACCGAAAGCAGUUCACCAAGCACUUCAGCUGUAGGCGUUAAAGAAGAAUCUGAAGGAACGAAACAGAGUGAACAUGAAUCGUCUGUUACCAACACGUUUGAUAUUAGCAACUACGUGGAUAAGGUGAACAACUACGUGGAGCAUUCUGUAGAUAUUGCGUCUUUUUUUGUCAUAAUUCCGAACAAAUUGGUCAAGGCUCCCACGAAAAAGCCAAGUCCACGCUAA